AUGGCUGGAUAUGAUUUGGGCGACGCUGAAAAGACUAUUAAAUGUUUGAGUUUACCAGCGGCUUUGAUAGGCACGAUACAAUCCGCUGCAUGGUUAAUACUCUCAUUGAUAUCAAUACUUUACUAUAAUGAUGCUAUCGAAUUAAGUUCUUCCAUUGAUGCAAGCUCGUACGGAUUUAUCAUAUACUACCUAUACUUGAGUUCCAAAGAUGGCACGAAUAAGGAAUUAAUAAUAAGUCCCCAUGUGUUUAAUAUUAUUAUGUACUUUUAUCUCGUAUUAAGUUUAGUAUGGUUCUUGAUGUCGGUUUACUUGUUUUGGGCGACGAUUCGCAACAAAUGGAACAGAAUUUUGCAAAUCGUAUUAGCCUGGUCAGCUCUAACGUUAUUACUAUGCGCUAUUGAUAUUACCUUUACGAGUGUAUUAGCCUCAGACCUGCAUACUGCACAAGAUUUAUUCGCAUCUUCAACUUCAACAAUUAAGCCUGUUUCUGACCCGAACCUCCUGGGAGAAUUUGAUAUAGACGAUUUGAAUAACGAGCAAUUUAACACAGAAGAAUCAACCACAGAUGAAUCAACUACAGAGAAAAUAGCACGAUUGUAUUUCACAGCAUCUGCAUAUGAUGGAGAUUCGAAAGAUUUCCUCACAUCUAUCGGCAUCGUCAUGUCGAUAGCAGCAAGGGGCUAUAUAUUGUGGAUUGUAAAUCUAACAAUUUCCAUUAUUUUAAGUAUUGCUUUCUACAAAUACAAAUCAACUACUCGCCCGUCUUUGAUGCAAAGAAAUAUCAUAAACGCCUUCGAAACAGGGAAUCGUCCGUUCAGCAUGUACGAUCAAGUUGAAAUCGAUAAAUCAUUCCAAAACGAAGCUUUCGAGCCCGAUAAUAACAGCAUCUUCAGCCCCAGAUCCAACGACUUUAGUUUCACUAACGUCAGUAACCAAAACCCUUUGAGUAACAGCAACAGAAGCAGUGUAACAUACAUAAAUACGCCCAAUUACUCUUUCGAAAGGAACAUACAACCGAAUGGCGAAAGGCUAGCUAAAAUAGGAAAAUCUGGAGGUAGAAGAACACCGCCUCGGAAGAUACCAUCGCCUACUGUACCGAAUAAAAGGACAAUAACACCACAGCAAAUCGUCCAUCAACCAACGACUCCUUUUUCUAAUAUGCCUUACAUACCAGAACCGGAUUACACUCCUCCAGCAAGCCCCAAAUCACAGCCCAAGGGAGUACUGAAACGUGGAAAAGAUUACCAAGAAUUCGAACCAACAAAUUUCCUAGGUAGCCAUACAUUUUCAGAAGGGAAAGAAGAACUCAGACACCCCGAUUUCAGAUAUUAG